AAAAGGAUUCACUUCUGCCUCUACUCUGAUAAGAAAAGAAAUACUUAUAUCAGAUCAACACAUCAUACAGAAAGCUCCGUACAACGUCGUUUUGGAAUCUCCGUCAACUCACGGCCGUUAAAUGUCGUCGUCGGCGUCGAUGUUAAACAACAACAGCGUCGCAAUUAACGUCUCCGACGACGAACCCGACGAAUUCGCCAAUAAACUUAGGGCACGUGCUCGAAGAAAGAGAAAGAAACUUAGCCACCGUAACAAACCCGGGUUUUCUCACAUUGUCCUGAAAAAACUCCUUAAGUGGUGGCCUGUUUUGCUCUUCUUACUUGCCGCAAGUCUUCUUGUAUUUGAGGCAUCUCGAAUUGGAGGAAAACCUAGUCAGAAAUCGAAUCAGGUGAAAGGAAAUAAAGUUGAUAAGGUUGUUGAGAAGAAAGUGCCUGCGAAUUUGAAUCGUGUUGAUCCGGUUACUCAUGUUGUUCAUGGAGUUAGAGAACCUUGCUUGAAGCUACUAGCGGCAGAAGAACUUGAGCAUCUGGAUUUCCCCGUGGAUAAAGCACCUGCCGAUCCUAUUAAACGGGUGGUAUACAUCACAGAGGACAGUCCUGCUUCUGUAGAUGAGGGUAGGCCAUUUGAGCAACACUUGGAGGCCUCAAGAUUUAAUCUAUUCACAGGAAACCAAACUCUGAAGCAAAGGGAUGAAAGUUUUAAGGUGAAAGAAGCGGCGUCCAUUCACUGUGGUUUUUACAGUGAUAAAGGAGGCUUUAGGAUUUCCAUUGAAGAUAGAAGUUAUAUGGAAUCUUGUAAAGCAGUGGUGUCGACUUGUGCUUUUGGUGGUGGAGAUGACCUCUAUCAACCCAUAGGAAUGUCAGAGUCAUCUCUCAAGAAGGUUUGCUUUGUGGCUUUUUGGGAUGAAAUUACACUUGCAUCACAAGAGGCAGAUGGCCAUAAAGUUGGUAAUGACCGUUAUAUUGGAAAAUGGCGCAUCAUCCUUGUUAAGAAUCUACCAUUCACAGACCAAAGGUUGAAUGGUAAAAUCCCAAAGAUGCUGGCCCAUCGUCUCUUUCCGAAUUCUAGAUAUUCCAUUUGGGUAGACUCAAAAUCCCAACUUAGGAGGGAUCCGUUGGGUGUGUUGGAAGCUCUGCUCUGGCAUUCAAGCUCUGUACUAGCAAUUUCAGAACAUGGGGCUCGGAGUAGCGUGUAUGAUGAGGCAAAGGCUGUUGUCAAGAAAAACAAAGCCACCCCGGAGGAAGUGGCGGUGCAAUUAGCUCAGUACCGUCAAGAUGGCCUCCCUGAGGAUAAGCGAUUCAAUGGGAAGAAAGCUCUAGCUGAGGCUUCAAUCAUUGUGAGAGAGCACACUCCAUCGACUAAUAUGUUCAUGUGCCUGUGGUUCAAUGAGGUGGUUCGCUUUACAUCUCGUGAUCAACUGAGUUUUCCGUAUGUCCUUUGGCGGUUCAAAGACUUUAGGAACAUUAAUAUGUUUCCUGUUUGUACACGCAAGGAUCUUGUCAAUAGCAUGGGUCACAUAAGAAAAGCGAAGCCUCUAACAAGUUGAUGUAUUAUUCGUUGUUUGCACAAGAAAGAUGAAACAAGAAUGCGAGGUCUUUUCUCCAAGUUUCGGGCAUAUUUGCUUCCUCUAUUAUGUGUGCUGAUGACGUUGAAGAGAGAGAUAGGAUUAGUAGUCCUAUUUAUUCUUCAGAAUCCAAAGGGCACUGUUUUUUGCAGCCCUGGUGGGAUAGGAAGAGGCCGAGAGGGUAUCAUCAACAGGAAGAAGAAAGAAGCAGUGAUGCAUGUUGUGUAUUUGAACAAACUGGCCUACUUUUGGAAGGUCUUUUUUUUUCAAAAUCUAUUUUUAAUUCUUUGGUCAUCCCUUCUUUGCUGAAAAUGCUAAAUUUGUUGGGUAUCCGGCCAGAGUUCGCGUUCUACCGUGUUAAUAUUGUGGCGGAUUUAUCAAAUUUGAAGCACCAACUUUAGCUCUCUUGAAUUCCUGCAGGAUUUGCUGUAAAAUAUAUCAUUGGAUAUUCGGUUACUUAAUUGUAGGUGAAAAAUUGCUUAAUUCUGUUUGGAUUAGCUGAUUGUAAAUAGCUGAUAAGUUUUUAGUGUUGAAAUUGAUUUUAUAUUUAAGCA